AUGGAUUCGGCCGAUGCUCCUGACAACACGAGGCAUGGCUAUGAGAUGCUGGGCGUUAAUCUUGGCUCGUGGGCACUCGCCUUCAUCGCCGUCGCCCUUCGUGCCUACACCCGUCUCUGGCUCAGGAGGGACUGCUUCGGGACUGACGAUAUCCUCAUGUUCAUUUCCAUGGCCUGCUUCACGACAUACGCUGCCUUUGCUAUGAGCGGGCUCGUCCAAGGAUCCAAGACCGAUGACUAUGCCAUCUCCACGUCCAACAGUGUUACAGAAGCCAAAAAGUUUUGGUGGGCCUGCUAUCACGCCUACGCCCUCACCAUCUUAUUCGCCAAGCUAUCCGUCAGUUGGUUCUUGCUACGCCUCACGACCAUCAACAAAAUACACAGAUACAUCAUCUACGGCAGCGUAGUAAUCGCAAUCUGCAAUAGCACUGCCUUCGUGUUUUUUACGAUAUUCCAGUGCACACCGGUUUCCUACUUCUGGGAUGAUGUGACACAACCCGGGCAAUGUGUUAGACCUCUCGUGGCGGAAUAUGUGUGCAGUGCCUUGAACAUCGUUACCGAUCUCGUCUGCGCGCUGCUCCCAGCUUGGAUUAUUUAUCAUUUGAAGAUCAGGCUUAGGACGCGGAUUGCCCUCAUGACACUGAUGGGCAUGGGUUGUUUUGCAAGCUGCGCAGUUAUAGUCCGCAUGACAUACUUCAAACUGCAAAUCGAGAACUCGAGCUCAACCGACCUCAGCGACACAAUGAUACGCUCGAAUUCGGUCCCCCUCAUAGCCAACAUAGCUAUCUGGUCCAGCGUGGAACAAAGCCUGGCCAUCACAGCGGGUAGUCUAGCCACUCUACGCCCGCUGCUCAAAAAGGUCGGCCGCAAGCUCGGAUUUGCCAGUGGUACAACCGGGUCUACAUACGACAUUGAACAUGGCCCGAGGGGACCACCGGUGGUGCUUAAGGACCGCGCAAACUCCUUGUUUUCGAGAAAAGGACUGUCGGGGCCUACAGGUAGCGAUGCGGUGCUGCUUGAGACAACGACGGCAGUGUCAUUUGACGGGGCGCAUGUAAGUUGGGGUUAUGGAGGAAGACAGGGAAAUCACCUAUGGACGAGGCUAACCAGAGUUCUUUUUGGAGCAUAUUCUAGACACGUUGUUGUUACGAGAACCGUCGACAAAACCCCGUCAUUGGAAGGCGAUCAAUCACACUCAGAUUCUACGUCUUCAUGGCCGCCGAAGACGUAG